AUGAUGGUCACCAUACCGUUUGGUCAGUCUAACGUCUUCAUUGAGAGGACUGUUUCCUAUGUGAAGAUCACAGCCAAGCUGGGGUUAGUCAUCAUGUGGAAUGAAGAUGACUCCCUCUGGGUGGAGCUGGACUCAAAGUUCCAGAAUCAUACAUGUGGGCUGUGUGGAGACUUCAACAGAGUCCAGAACGAGUUCAAUAGGAAUGAUGAUUAUCUGAAGAUAAUCGACUAUGCUGAUAUUUGGAAGAUGAAUGGCCCAACAGAAACCUGUACAGAAAUCCCUGUUCACACUGAGCAGUGUGAAGACCAGACCAAACUUUGUAAACAGCUUCUCACCAAUCCUGCCUUCAGUAGCUGUAAGGACCUGAUUGCCACAGACUCCUUCAUCAAGGCCUGUGCAGAAGACAUGUGUCACUGUGGCAACAGCAGCAGCAGUGUCACCUGCGCCUGUCCCACCAUGUCAGAGUACUCCCGCCAGUGUGCUCACGCAGGGGGGAAACCCCAGGAGUGGAAGACCGACCAGUUCUGCUUGGAGACGUGUCCUUUAAGCAUGCAGUACCAGGAGUGUGGUAGUCCCUGCACUGAUACCUGCUCCAACCCAAAGAGGAACCAGCAUUGUGAGGAACACUGCACCGACGGAUGCUUCUGCCCUGCUGGAACCGUGUUUGAUGACAUCACUCAGACUGGCUGUAUAGCUGUGAACCAGUGCUCUUGUCUCCACAACGGACAAUCUUACCAGCCUGGACAAUCAUUCUCAAGAACAUGCCACAAAUGUACCUGUAUCCAAGGCCAGUGGAGUUGUAUGGAUCUAGAUUGCCCUGCUACCUGCUCCAUAGUGGGAGGUUCCCACAUCACCACUUACGAUGGGAAAGCCUACACUUUCCAUGGCGACUGCUCAUAUGUCCUGUCCAAGGUAGGGAAGACUGCUUUCACAGUCCUGGGUGACAUAGUGAAAUGUGGGAAGACGGACAUUGAGACCUGCCUAAGAUCUGUAACCCUGGUGACUCCAGAGUCCAAGAUGAUCGUCAUCGAUGCCAGUGGAAGGGUCUUUGUCAACAAGAUGUUUUCUCAGAUGCCACUUUUCAUGGCUGAUGUAAGCAUCUUUCAGCCCUCUACGUUCUACAUCGUUGUGCAUACCUCUUAUGGGCUCCGUCUAGAGGUCCAGCUAACACCUAUAAUGCAGGUCUACAUCGUAGCUAGCAGUUCACACAAAGAAAAAACCCAGGGUCUUUGCGGAGACUUUAACAGCGUCCGCACUGACGACUUCAGAACCAUCAAUGGACUGGUGGAAGGAACCGCUGUGACAUUCGCCAACACUUGGAAGACCAAAGCAAGCUGUCCUGAUGUGGCACAGAGCUUUGAGAUCCCAUGCAGUCUGAGUGUGGAGAACGAGAGAUAUGCCAAGCACUGGUGCUCAAUGCUGUCAGAUAGUGAAGGAAUAUUUUCCCAAUGCCACACUGAGAUCAACCCAAAUUACUACAAGGAAAUCUGCGUAUUUGACAGUUGUAACUGUGAGAGGAGUGAGGAGUGCAUGUGUGCUGCGGUCUCCUCCUACGUCCAUGCAUGUGCUGCUGCAGGCGUCCUGCUCAGUGGAUGGAGAAACACCACCUGUGGGAAGUACUCCUCCAGCUGCCCUGACACGAUGGUCUAUGACUACACCAUGACCAGCUGUGACCGCACCUGUCGUUCACUGAGCCAGACAGACUUCACCUGCCAGUUAGACCAUGUGUCUGUGGACGGCUGUGGCUGUGCCGAGGGAACCUACCUGAAUGACCAGGGAGAGUGUGUCCCUGCCUCACGCUGCUCCUGCUACAAUAAGGGCACAGUAGUACCCCCUGGAGAGGUCACCAGGAUCUAUGGGGCUACAUGCUCUUGCAGACAAGGGAAAUUAAGCUGUACUGGAGAACCACAACAUUUAUCCUGUGAAGAACCAAUGGGUUUCUUCAACUGUUCUAGUGCAGGGCCCGGAGCCAAGGGCUCAGAGUGCCAGAAGAGCUGUCAAACACUAGACAGUCACUGUAUCAGUGCAGAGUGUGUGUCAGGCUGUGUAUGUCCUGAUGGUCUGCUGUCUGAUGGAAACGGAGGAUGCAUCAAGGAAGACCUAUGUCCCUGUUCUCACAAUGGAGUCUAUUACCAACCUGGACAUGUGCUCAAAGCAGACUGCAAUACCUGCACUUGCGAAGGCAGAAAAUGGCAGUGUACCAAUAAGCAGUGUGAUGGGAUGUGUGCCAUAUAUGGAGAUGGGCAUUUCAUCACUUUUGAUGAGGAAAGGUUUACUUUCAAUGGAGAUUGUGAAUACAUUCUUACUCAGGACUACUGCAGCAACAAUCCAAAAGGUACCUUUAGAGUGAUCACAGAGAACAUUCCCUGUGGAACCACCGGCACCACCUGUUCCAAGGCCAUCAAGCUCUUCUUGGGGAACAAUGAGAUCAUACUAGCAGAUGAAUCUGUAAAAGUGAUCAAACAAGAGAACGGGGUGGACGUACCAUACCAGGUCCACUCUAUCGGUCUCUAUGUUGUUGUUGAGGCUGAAAAUGGCCUGAUCCUCAUGUGGGACAAGAAGAAUAGCCUGUUCAUCAAACUCAGCUCUACCUUCCAGGGCCAAGUGUGUGGUCUGUGUGGUAACUACGACGGUAAUGGAAAGAACGACUUCACGUCCAGAAACCAGGAAGUGGUUGUUGAAGCUCUGGAGUUUGGGAACAGCUGGAAAGUGUCACCCAGUUGCCCCAACGCUGAUGUCAUAAAAAACCCAUGCACUUCAAGAUCAUACAGGCAGUCCUGGUCUCUGAAACGCUGCAGCAUCAUCACCAGUAACGUUUUCUCAGCCUGCCACUCACAGGUGGACCCCACGCCAUUCCAUGAUGCCUGUGUGAGGGACUCGUGUGCCUGUGACACUGGGGGAGACUGCGAGUGUUUCUGUACAGCUGUAGCAGCCUACGCCCAGGCCUGUAACGAGGCAGGGGCUUGUAUCAAGUGGAGAACACCAGAUAUCUGCCCUCUGUUCUGUGAUUUCUACAACCCUAUUGGUGAGUGUGAGUGGCAUUAUAAUCCGUGUGGAUACCCCUGUAUGAAGACCUGCAAGAAUCCCUCAGGAACAUGCUCCAGUCAGAUCCCUGCACUGGAAGGUUGCUAUCCAAAAUGUCCUUCGGCCCAGCCUUAUUUGGAAGAAAGUACCAUGAAGUGUGUCAGUAAGAAGGACUGUGGUUGCUACGAUGGAGAUGGAACUCAUUACAACGAUGGAGAGGUUAUACCUUCCAAGGAGAACUGUCAGACAUGUCGUUGCUCAUCAACUGAGGUCAGAUGCAGCUAUGAUGUCCAAGCUUGUUAUUGUUUCUACAACGGCAGAACAUACCCGUAUGGAGCGACCAUAUAUCACACAUCUGACGGUGACGGGACCUGUAUUACUGCCACCUGCAAAGAGAAUGGAACUAUUGUCCGGAUUAUGAACCCCUGUCCCAGCACCCCAACUCCAACAACUACACCAAGUGUUACAACAACACAGAUUUACACUCAAGCACCAACCACAACAGUAUUUGUUUUCUCAUCUCCUACCACAACCACAACCCAUACCCCUACCCCCACAACAACCCCGACUUCACCAACACCCACUUCACCCACUACUACUCCACACUGCCUGACCAAGACUGUCUGUGAAUGGUCAGACUGGAUUAGCAAAUACUAUCCCUCUGUUGGACCAGAAGGAGGAGAUUAUGAAACCAUAGAAAAUAUAAGGAAAUCUGGUAUGGAUAUUUGUAGCAAACCUAAGGAUGUAGAAUGCAGAGCCAAAGACAACAUCCAUGUUCCUUUGUCCGAACUAGGUCAAAAUGUUGAAUGCAAUCCCUCAGUUGGACUGAUAUGCCGCAACAAGGAUCAAGGCAUCCUACCAAUAUGCUACAACUACGAGAUCAGAGUCAGAUGUUGUGUUGAUGUUGUUGAUGUUUGUAGCAAUGGGACAACUACCACCUCAGUUAGGCCCACAACAACCAUUACAACAACAACUGCUACCACUACCCCAACAUCAAAACCAACAACUACCCCAACAACUACCACAACUACCCAAACAACUACCACAACUACCCCAACAACAAAACCUUCCACUACCCCAACAACUACCCCUACCUCUACCCCAACCACAAUCCCUACCACUGCCCUCACAACAACCCCUAUUUCACCAACAACCACUUCACCCACUACUACUCCACACUGCCUGACCAAGAUUGUCUGUGAAUGGUCAGACUGGAUUGACAAUCACUAUCCUACUCAAGAAACAGGAGGAGAUUAUGAAACCAUAGAAAAUAUAAAGAAAUAUAGAAAUGAUAUUUGUAGCCAACCUAAGGAUGUAGAAUGCAGAGCCAAAGACAACAUCUAUGUUCCUUUGGCCGAACUAGGUCAAAAUGUUGAAUGCAAUCCCUCAGUUGGACUGAUAUGCCACAACAAGGAUCAAGGCAUCCCACCAAUAUGCUACAACUACGAGAUCAGAGUCAGAUGUUGUGUUGAUGUUGUUGAUGUUUGUAGCAAUGGGACAACUACCACCUCAGUUAGGCCCACAACAACCAUUACAACAACAACUGCCACCACUACCCCAACAUCAAAACCAACAACUACCCCAACAACUACCACAACUACCCCAACUACCCCAACAACAAAACCUUCCACUACCCCAACAACUACCCCAACAACUACCACAACUACCCCAACAACAAAACCUUCCACUACCCCAACAACUACCCCAACUACCCCAACAUCUAAACCUACCCUACCCCAACAACAACUCAUACCACUACCCCAACAACUACUACAACUACUUCAACAACUAAACCUACAACUACCCCAACAACAACUCCUACCACUACCCCAACAACAACUCAUACCACUACCCCAACAACUACUACAACUACUUCAACAACUAAACCAACCACUACCCCUCUCCCCAACACUAAACAACAACAAAACCCACUACCACAACUACCAACCUACCACUACACCAACCAACUUCAACAACCUAAAACUUACACAACCCCAACAUCAAAACCACAACCCCAAAAACAUCAAAACCUACAACCCAACAACAGCUACCAACAUCAAAACCUACCACUACCCCAACAUCUACUACAACUACUUCAACAACUAA